AUGAGUGAAGAGUUCAAUUUCACGAACUCAUUGAAUCUUCUGACAGCGUUUCUGAUAAUCACAGUAAGUCCCUAUCAUCCCAAUUGACUUCUAGUGACUUCUUCCAAUCAGAUCGGAUUGUUCGGAGUCGUCUGCAACUUUCUCGUGGCGUUUGUGUUUCUGAAAGAACGUUCCGAAAAGACUGCGUUCAACUUGAUUUGCUUCUUCCGUGCCAUUUCCAAUAUUAUCAUUCUGACCCUUGUCUUCAUCAUCACUUUCUUCCCGAAAACAUUACUGUAAGUGAUGCGUACUUCCCCUCUUCUUCCGAUUUUCCUCGUUCAGUGGCUUCUCUCCGUAUCCUCCAAUACUCGAAUCGUGGCUCAUCAACAUCUCGAACACUCUGUACCUUGGAAAUGAGUAUCAAAUUGUUCUGGUGGCCCUCAACAGAUUCUGCGCUCUCUUCUUUCCCAUGGAAUACUCGAAAAUCUUCGCCGUUCCUCAGACGGCUGCAGUGCUCAUUCUCAUCUAUGUUUACCGUAUCGCCAAGAAAAUAUAUGAGAAUGCUCCUCAAGAAGGCAAGUUCUUUUUUGAAAAUCCCAAGAAAUCCUUUAAUUUCAGCCAAAGGAUGUCAUGCCAUUUUCUCAGUGAACGCUCUCGCCUGGUACUACGACGACUCGCCGCAAUGCGAUUUUGUCGACGACGCCCUUACAGUAAUCCUUUACACGUUCAUCGCAAUGACCGUUCUGAACCUGAUCACAUUUGUCAAAAUUAUAAUGUUCUAUAAGGUGGGCAAGCUAGGCGCCUUUUUCGUGACGCUGAUAUCUUUCAGAAAAGAGGCAACAAUAGCGACAAAGAGACAAGAAAACGAAUGCGGAAGAACACGAUUCAUUUCGCGCAGACAAUGCUGCAAGACUCUCUUUAUCUCGUUGAUUUGACUUUCACAUUCAAGCUCAGGUGAGUUCAUUUGUUCAUCCGACCCGAAGGGAUCAUCUGAAUAUUGCAGCUCAUGGAGCAACCAUCGACUGUGGACCUACAUCAGCGGCACGUUCAUUUGGGAGUGUUUGCACUCUGUGGACGGGUUAGUUCUUCUCCAGAACUUCUUCAGAACUCGAAAAUCCGUUUAGGUUCAUAAUGGUGAUGUUCAACGAGCGUCUCUCGUAUUUCAAGAAGAAGCUGACCAACUCUUCCGUCAUCCCAAUUGUCCCAAAUGCGCGACAAAGCACGAUCUCUGCUUUCACACAGGCGUCGAACAAAUGA